AUGCAGACUGCAGACAUACACUCCUGGGCUGCGGAACCUCCAACCACUGUCAUCGACCUCGAGGAACAUGACCUCCACUAUCUAGCAGUCCCCUCCAAUACAUCUCAGUCCUACUAUGCUGUCGACACCACUCUUCAAGGCAACAAGGCCAAGAAACGCAAGGUAGAACGCGCAUGCGACUUUUGUCGCAGAAGGAAGACAAGAUGCGACGGCUCAAAGAUGCCCAACAACAUUUGCACCAAUUGCUUGCAGAAUCGCCGCACUUGUACAUAUAUCGAAGGGUCCAAACCCCGAGGUCCCCCUAAGGCAUAUAUCACGAGUCUCGAAGAUCGCGUUGAGAAGAUGGAGGCGUUGUUGAAACGGCUUCGACCUGAAGCAGAUUUCUCUGUCGAACUCGGUCUACCCGUCGUUCGCGAUUCGUGGAAGACGGACUCGUCAAUCUCGCAGCCUGUCACGCAGCUACGUCUUAAUCAUCUGGGGCGAGCGGCCUCUGUCUCGUCCUCUCGCACCAGUGUUCUACUCCCACUAGCUGCUGUUGUUCCCUGUCCUUCCUGUCCGCCCAACGUUGCCAGUUGCUGCCAUGGCUCUCGGGCCCGCACUACCGGAAAAGCUACUUCAUCUCCUCCGGCCCUCAACUUCAAAGGUGCGCACCCCAUCCACGAUCCUCAGGAAGCUGGUGGAUCAGCUGGAACACCAUCAAGCGGUGGUUAUGAUACAUCAUCUUCGUAUUACUCUUCUGAUCACGAGGAAUUCUCCGAGAACUUGAUCAAGGGCAUGGCUCACCUCACUGUCCGUGGGCUACGGCCUGCGCAGGACACCUCUAAGGAUGUUCCAGAUAGCCAACGCAGAUUCCAUGGAAAAAGCAACACAUUUCUUCUUGUUAAGCCAACAAGAGCUUUCAAGCAGCAACACAUGGAUGAACUAACGGGGGCCGGUAAUCAAGAACAGCACAACCCAACUUCUGACGAUGACGAUCCAGGCAAAGCUGCCCAUAAACGACCAUUCUUUUGGAAUACUCUCCCUUGGGAGAUUCAAUGGGAGGGAGCAGAUCGUUCGGCCAUCACAAUUCCGCCAUUUAUCAUGUCCCAUUUCCCUCCGUCGGAUCUCGCAAACAGUCUCAUCAACAUCUACUUAACCCACAAGAACCCAUAUUUUCCCCUUCUCCACCGCCCGACGUUUGAGCGACAGUGGAAUGAGGGCCUGUAUAAGCGUGACCUCUGGUUUGCGUGUGUGUGCAUGGCCAUUUUCGGCGUGGCUAGCCGGUACAGCGAUGACCCUAGAGUGUUGCCGAAAAUGAUCUCUGGCAACGACCCUCCGGACAAGAGCGACAGUAUAUGGUCCACUGCUGGAUGGAAGUACAUUGAAGUAGCUAUGGACGUGCAUCGACGACGACGUAGUAUCCUGAUCCCUCCCGAUCUCUUUGAGAUACAGACAUUUGUGAUCAUUGCGAAUUACCUACGGGGCUCACUGGCACAUCCUGAGUCUUGGACGCACAUUGCUAUUGGUAUACGCAAGGCUCAAGAUGUCGGCGCCCACCGACGGAAAGUUUACGGCCGGAAGCCAACAGUCGAGGACGAGCUCUGGAAGAGGGCCUAUUGGCAUCUUGUUGCGAUGGAUCGUAUCGGCAGUAUGUUUAUGGGCCGACCGUGUUCUUCAAGGGAGGAGGACCUUGACUUGGAUAUGCCUCUGGAGGUUGAUGAUGAGUAUUGGGAAAAUGAGGAUCCUGACCUUGCUUUUCAACAACCUCCCGGGACACCCUCCAAGCUCUCGGCGUUCAUUUGGUGGAUCAAGCUCAGUCAAAUCGUUGCAUUUGCGAUGCGUACUCUGUAUGCCAUAGGCCGAUCCAAGGAGCCCCUUGGUUUGACGGGACCUCGCUGGCGUGAAGAAACAGUUGCUCGGCUCAAUGACGCAAUGUUCGACUGGGUGGAAAAUUUGCCUAAUCAUCUUCGAUGGUCGAACAACAUGGAGAAUCCACUCUUUGCUGGCCAAGCUGCGACCCUCUAUUCACAGUACUACCUUUUGCAGAUCACGAUAUACCGUCCGUUCAUUCCUGUCCCACGGGCACUACCUCGUCAUCUUGCGCGCCGUUGCUGUUCGCUGGACGGCUCCGAUGGUCCGCUAUCGGCACUCUCCAUAUGUGUCAAUGCUGCUACUGCCGGUGCACAAAUUCUGCAGGCCCAGGCAAAUCGCAGUAUGACCGAACACAUCAAUGCCAUUCACGUAUCCUUUGUGUUCGCGGGUGUCCUUCUGGUGAAUUUCUGGACGCAGAUUACAGACCAGAUUUCUCCCCGCAGUCGGCGUUCGAAGGGUGGCGAGUCGCAAUCUUUGGAAGCAACGAUGGAUGAUAUCUUGAAGCUUGUGGAGAUUCUGGAGGGGUUGUGCCCGAAAUGGGAGCUCGCGAAGGAAGCAUGCGAAGACAUCAAGGCAGUGCUGCCACCACCGUCGUCGAGGAUACCGCUAAAACGGCUCUCGCCGAGCCCGGAGAGCGACAUAUCCGCAUCCUACGACCGUCCUCCGGUUGCCGCAGGGUAUAGUAUGGAACAUCCAUAUACCCAAACGCAUGCUUCUCCUUCGGUCCCGAACAUUGCGUCGACUUCCUACCGCUCACCCUACGGCUCACCCGCGUACGCUGGCCCCAGCUCGCAUAUGCCAGCAUACACCCAGUCACCCCAGGGAUGGCAGGAGGAUGAGCCUCAGUCCUUCACCUCGCGCUACUCUGGCUGGCAUGUCCCCGAGGCGUACCCGUUACGCGACGAGUGGCUGCCCUCGGAGCCGCAGGUUGCUCUGCGCCAGCAGCGGUCUGUAUCGCACGUGCGCUCGACGAACUACUAUCCCGCGUUCGCGGCUGGGUACCUGCUCCCGUACGUGGACAGCGGUCCUGACAUCAUGCCUACUGGUGGCGUCCCCCUGCACGAACAGCAUGCCGCUGUUGGGAUGGGCGCGAGAGAGAAUCAGAACAGUCAGGUGCCGUAUAUCAAGCGGGAGUAUAUGGACGAUGGACAGGAGAUACGGCUGUACCAGAGUUAUCCGGGUACUGGGAUGUCUCCUGCGCCUAGCGGUCUGCCUCGCCAUGUUCGUCCGCCGAGCUAUGAGGAACAGACCGGGCAGUGGAAUAUGAACAUGUAUCGAAGACCUCACCAAUGGCACAAUGGAAGCUAUCCGACAUGA